AUGCACACGAAGCCGAAGAGGGUCGAGAAAGAUAUCGGCAGUGCAGGCGGCGGCACUGUUGACGUCGUGGAGGAGCUGCCACCAUUCCCGCAACCGGAGGGGAUCUUCACACGGGGCACCCACUUCCAUCCCAAGCAGUUCCUCGUCACUCUCGAGGCCAUGUACGACGAGCUCGUCGUGCGCGAGAAAUCUGGUGGCGAAUGCUCAACGGAGUAUGGAGCAUUUGCAUCCAUGAUCGUAAAGAGGCUGACAGUCACAGCAGACGACGGCCCCCUGUUCGAGCUCUACAGUGUGUUUCAGGUGCCCGAAACGGAUUUCUGA